CACCAGCUCUUGGCCAGUGUCGAUCGUUUUUGCCCGCAACUCCUCUUGCUCUUUGCUGCUGCUGGCUGGUGCGCGGAGAUUUUUUUGAUUUUAGAAAAAUAUAUUCCUCCUUUUUUUUAUUCGUUUGCGGAAAAUGGCUUUGUGUACCGUGGUUUAGCUCCGUCGUCGUCGUCGCCGCGAGUCCGUAAACCGUUUCGCCGGAACUUGUUCCGGAUUGCCACAGAAGAACCAGUGCGUGUGUGCGUGAAGAAGAAGGAAUCUGUGAGGACAUUGUCGUCCCACGGCGGUGGUCAGUGGCAAGUUUGCUUGGUGACGAGAUUUCUUCAAAUUGAAGAGAGUUCCGGUGCGGAGUUCCGUGGGUGGCCCCAAUCCCCAGGUGGCAGCGCAAAGAACCCCCGGAAGCGAAGGAGGAGGUGGAGGUGGUUGGCAAGAACAAGGCAGCGAAAAGAACGGGGCCAGCAGCGCAGCUAGGCCAAAUUGUUCCGCGGGGGAAGAAGAAACAACAAUUCGACCAAGAAGAAUCUCUCGCUGUAAGAAGAAGGCACAGCGGAAGAUUCGGGGGCCUUUAUCGAUUGAGAUCGUGCACGGACACGGUGUUGGUGGGUUUGUUGUUGUGAUUGUUGCGGCGGCGGCCUGCACCUGCCAGAUUGGCACCGGCUAGUGGCCACGGUCGGGGCUCAAAUAACAGCCAGAGGGCGUUGGAAGUGUCGUGAAAUCGGAAAGAAGUUCCGGAAUCGAUUGCCAAGAGUGACGACUCGUGUGUGUUCCCCUGGGAAAUUGGCCGACCAGUUGAAGGAGGAAGAGCAGCGGAACGGUGGUUCGCACGCAACCAGCGGACGGACGAAUAGCUCACAGUCAGACACACACUCAGCCACAGACCAAGACAAAAAACAGGCCUACGAACCAGGAGAGACGACCGCCGACCAGCUCUCGUGUGGGAUUUCAUUGAGGAAAUUCGCGACGACUUCAUUCACCGCGUGGACUCAGGUGACUUUCUACCGGUGCGGGGAUUAGCCGCAGCAGGUGCACCACGAACGUAACCGUAGCCAGCCGGAAGGUCGUCGCCGUAUGGGGCAUCAACGCAACUUGAGGAGACGUAGAAAUUAGAAGUGGCAGUAGUAGUAGUAGUAACAACACCAGCUGGUCGAACCCCGGCGACGAUCCAGCAGAAUAAUUGGCCGGUCCAGCGCAAGAAUCUCCGCAACCUACGCCCCGUCGUAAUACUCAACUCAACACUCGGCGGAAAAAAAGGAUUUUAUGAGCUGUGAUUUACUCGACUCUUGGAAUCGCGAUUGCAUUUGUUUUUAAAAAUUCGUCAACUCUGUAUUUAAUUCGUUGAAUCUCUAUUGCAUUUCAUUUUAUUUAAAAAAAUAUUGUGUGUGCCUAAAAUCGUGUUUGUAUUAGUUUGUAAUUGGUAGAGUUGUAAUUCUACGAAGUCCGCAAAAAACAACGUAAUUUUACAUAGCAUCUUAUGUAAGAAAAUAGGACCCAGUUUGUAAAGCAAUUGUGUGUGUGAUUACCGUGUUGAAGAAGAAGUGAAAUCCGGCCAAGGUCGUCCACGUAGCUGCAAAGAGCUGUGUUUGUGCCAUCCUUUCAAGAGUGUUCGGAUCGGAGACCGGAAGCAGCAGCAGCAGCACCACCACCACGAUGGACAGUCCCGGCGCUGUGGGAAGGCGUCGCGGCAACUCGCGGAUCAAUGCCGAGGACCAGGCGCUCGACCAGAUCGCGAAGGAGGUUCUAAACCAGUUCUGGAGGAGGCAAAACAAAACAAAAAUCACAAUGAGUAGCGACAUCAAGCUGAGUAUUAGUGAGGACGAGCGACAUUUGUACCACCAUCACCACCACCACCACCAUCUUGGCGGUACGAACGGUGUUGUCAACGGUGAAGUGCUCGAGUUUGUGAUGGGUUCCCAGUACGCCAAGGAUCCGGAGCAAUCCGGUAGUGUCGGCGAGGAAGAGGAUCGCGACGGGGAGUUUUACAGCUUCGAGCACAGUGAAGAUCUGGAACGGCUCGGGCUGGGGCUGACGGAAGAGUUGAAGAUCCGGGAGUCGAACGAACGGCUGGACUACAAUCGGAACGAUUUGAGCGGGAAGCAGCAGCAGCUGCUCAAUGGGGACAGUUCGACGCCCACGAAGGGAAGUGACCGGAGACUGUCGGCUGGGAGUAGUUUGGCGACGUCGGCGAACGAUGAGGUGGAUCGGAGUUAUGGCGAGGAUGGCGGGUACGAGGCGGAUCAGGAUCAUCACUACUACGAACCGCAUCGGCAGUAUCAUAGGUUGUCGGUGUCGCACACCGGGGACGAGUUCAGUUCCGACGAGGACGAAGCGUUCGUGGAACUGUUGGAGAAGGCGAACCAUAUCGCGGAAGCCCGGCUGGCAGCACGGCGGCAGGCCCGAGCCGAAGCCCGCGAGAUUCGGAUGCGCGAGCUCGAGCGCCAGCAGAAGGAACUGGAGCAGAAUGCGGACCGGGUGUUCGACCUGCAGCAGCAGUCCGCCAGCCUCGGCACGUCGGUCGACACGUCGCUCGGUGCGGCGCGCACCCCCGGCAGCCGGCUCACCGUGAACAGCAGCACCGUCGGUGGCGGCAUCCGGGGCAGCUCGCUGUCGUCCCGGCGGAGCAGCGAAGACUCGCUCGAGGAGGAGGGCCGAAGUCUGCGGGAUCUGCGGCAUGAGCUCAAGGACGUCGAGGAGCGCUUCCGGAAGGCGAUGGUCGCGAACGCCCAGCUGGACAACGAGCGGGCCUCCCAAAGCUACCAGAUCCAGCUGCUGAAGGACAAGCUGGAGGAGAUGGAGGAGUCCCAUGCCCAGUUGCAGCGCGAGUUUAAGGAAAAGUGUCGCGACCAUGACGCGUUGCGGCGGGCCAACGAUAAGCUUGGGGACGAGCUGAAGAUGGUGCAGGGUCAGCUGGCGGAGCGGGACGCGCUGAUUGAGGAGCAGGGACUGGUGAUUGUGACGGUGGAGAACGAGGACGGAAGCGAUGCGAGGCGCGCGCUAGUCACCACGGAGAACGCCCAGCUGCUGAAGACGGUGCAGGGGUCGUUGGAUGUAAGGCUCAAAAAGUUCGCCGAGGAAAAGCAGGAACUGCAAACGGAGGUGCAGCAGCUCCAGCAACAGCUGAAGGACAUCAAGACCAAGGGCCGCAAAUACAGCUCGGUAAACGGCGCCCUGGACGAUGACGACUACGAGGACGCACAACGAGAAGCCAACAAACUCAUCACCGACUACAAAUACAAGCUGCAAAAGGCGGAGCAGGAGAUCGCGAACCUGCAGGCCAGCCUGGCCCGGUCCGAGUCCCAGGUCAUCCGGUACAAGAGCACGGCCGAGGCGGCGGAAAAGGCCGAAAGUGACCUCAAGAUCGAGCGGAGAAAGCUGCAGCGGGAGAACCGCGAAGCGAUGGACCGCCUCGAGGAGCUGGAGACGUGCAACAACCAUCUGCUGAAGCGGCUGGACAAGCUGAAGAACGCCAAAAGCGCCCUGCUCAAGGACCUCUGAUAGGCUUCGCCC